CUGAGUAGGGGGGGAAGGGGCCAUGCAUAUGGGGAGUAUGUUUCCUGGCGGAGCGAUAUUUGUUUACAGGAGGAGGGUUGUACUGUAAGUGAGUAGCGCUGAGAGAGGAGGCGGCUCUGUCAUAAAUUAAUAUUGAAAUUACUCCAUCAGUCCUGCACCCCCUUCCUCCCCCCCAACCCCCCCAGCCGAGACCGGUCUCCUGGUCGGAUUGCACACACAUGCACUUGUUGCAGAGCCAUCUAAGAUGCUACCUGGGCAGGAGUCUUAGAAGCUGAUCUGCAUAAUCCUCAACAGCCAUACCAGGCUCUUUCCCCCACCCUGUGAGCAGCAUGCAAACAGCAUGACGGGCCAUAGAAGUGACCAGAGCCAAAAACUUUACUCAGCCAAUUGCUGCCAAGGUCACGUGCUUUGCCCAUAGAAGAUGUUUAUUGAAUUGAAUUUGGCUGCAGAACAGAGCAAAGGGUUUCCUUCCCUGAGUCCAAACCAUGAUUUACCACUGUGACCCUUACUUCUAAGCCAAACUGACCAGAUAUUCAAGUCUUUUUUUGAGUGAAUUGCAUCUCAUUGACCAUUCAACCUUUGGCCUUUGCCCUGACCCUUGUGAAGACGUGAAGCCAUCUGCACUGGCCAUCGGUGUCGGGGGUCGACAAGGAGCCCCCAGCUCCCGCCAUGUAUAUGUACUCCUCAGCUGUCGAGUAGCUCCAGUGGAGACUCUCAGCCUAUCUCAGGGUUUCAUUCUUUUUUUCCCUUGUCCUUCUCUCCCUUCCUCCAUUUAUUUUUAAUGGUUCUGGUGCCUCUGUAUUUAGGACCAAGUAGGGAGCCAUGGGGGAUCAGCAGAUGUACAAAACUAAUCAUACCAUCCAUGGUAAUGAGAACCUUUAUUACCAACAGCCUCCACACAGUGCUCUCAGUGGGGGCAAUGGGAUCAACCACAGUUACGGGGGAACCGCGUCAGCAGGGGGGACCAUGGAGGCUUCCCAGGCCUCUCCCCUCUCUCCUCAUUUCCCCCAGGACUCUCGGGACAACUUGGGCUUGGCAGCUGGUCCCAAGAACCUUGGCCUGAUGGACAGCUCGAGACAGACGGGUUGGGGGGGCCACGCUGGACCCAACAACCACAUCCAGCUGCGUGGUAGUCUCUCUAACCCCAACAUGAUGUGGGGGGCAUCUGCUCAGGUGGAACCUACUGAAGCUUACUCAUAUGCCUACCCUCAGUCCAGUGAUAUUCGGGCCCAGAAAAUCACCAGCGGGGUCCUCCACAAGUUAGACUCUUUCACCCAGGUGUUUGCCAACCAGAACCUGAGGAUCCAGGUCAACAACAUGGCCCAGGUGCUACACAGCCAGUCCUCUGUGGAUGGCCCCAGUGACAGUGCCCUCCGCCAGUUACUGUCCCAGAAGCCCUCUGAACCUCAGGCGGUGGCAGCCCCUCCUGCUGUACCUCCCCGCUACCAGCAGAUGCCCCAUCAGACCCACUCCGCUUUUGCCAACGGCCCCCCCAAGCCAGCUAUGCAGGGCGGGCAACAUCCCUCCCAGGCCCAUCUGUACUAUGACUACCCGCAGCAGAUGGCCCAGAUGCCCGCCCAGGGCAGCCAGCCCUUGCAGGGCCAGCAGAUGCUGCCCCAGCCGAUGCCACCGAUGCAGCAGGCCCACUACUACCUGCAGCAGCCACCGUCGGGACAGCAGCGGAUGCCCAUGCCGGACAUGCAGCAGCAGCAACAGCCGCCGCCACCGCAGCAGCCACAGAGCAGGGCACAGCAGCUGCUGCCCCCAGCGCCCCAGCGACCCUGCUCCAUACAGUUACCUCAUUAUUAUCCAACACAGCCCAUGAUGCCCCAGUUACAACAGCAGCAGCAGCAGCAACAGCAGCAGCAGCAGCAGCAAAUGCAACUGCAGCCCCCUUCCUAUCACAGGGACGCCGGCCCUAAAUCUGUGCAUGAGCCCCACCAGUACAGCCAGGAGCAGGCCCCCCACCCGGUGCAGCUCAUCCAGCUGGGAUCUAUGCCCCAGUACUUCUAUCAGGACCCUCAGCCCCAGUACAGCCGGCACUUCUACCAGCAGAGCCUCCUGCAGCAGCAGCAGCAGCAGCAGCAGCAGCAUCGCGAGAAUGUGCAACUGAAGAAUUACCAGAGUGACCGGCAAGCCCAGGCCAUCCUGGGCCCCCAUGGUGGCUUGGGGCUCCCGGAGCCAGGGAUGGAGGACAUGAACUCGGUUGGCAACAGCCUGACCCAUCGGCCUCUCCUGCCACAAGUGGGGCUUCACCUCAACAGUAAGGGACCCCAGCACCAGCAGCUGUCUCCUGGUUCUAUGUGGUCCCAGAUGCACCUCUCUGAUGGCCGAGGCCAGCCACUGUCUCCUGAUCCAAGUGCUCAGCCCACAGGGGUAUUUGGGGAACAGCUCGAUGCUAAGAACAAAUUGACAUGUUCCAUCUGCUUCAAGGAGUUCAAGAGUCUGCCUGCCCUGAACGGCCAUAUGAGGUCGCACGGGGGCAUGCGAUCCUCCCCCAGUUUCAAGCAGGAGGAAGGAGAGAAGGCUCUGCAGCUCCAGCCACCUCCGCCACCCCAGCAGCAGCCGCCGCCGCCGCCGCUGCCACCCCAGUCGCAGCUCCCUCCUGAGGUGGAAAACCCCCUUCCUAUCGUCAUGCCCGUGUCUGUCCCUGUCAAGCUUCUCUCGCCUGAGCCCAGUCCACAGGUCAUCAGCAACAGCAUCACUGCAGCCAGAGACAAGCCGGCCAGCUCGAUGUCGGACGACGAGAUGCCCGUUCUCGUGAGGAUGACCCUCUCCCCCCCGAAUUCACCCAAAGUGGCUGCCCCCUGUGCACCCUCUGAAAUUCCCAGAAAGCAUCAGCCAGGUAUGGCCAGAACUGAAGAACACUUUAAGCCCACCCAGGACAAGAAGAAAUAUCGCCAUCGUCCAGAACCACUAUUCAUCCCCCCUCCCUCCUUUAACCUGAACACCACCUCCUCGUACACGACUGCCACCUUGUAUCAGAGCCAGCUGCGAUCCCCUCGCAUCCUCGGGGACCACCUCCUGGACCCUGCUCAUGAGCUGCCUCCCUACACGCCCCCACCUAUGCUGAGCCCUGUCCGGCAGGGUUCUGGCCUCUUCAGCAACGUCAUCAGCACCUCUUCCCACGGCGGCCCCCACCCGCAGCUGCCACUCACUCCCCUGACGCCCACACCCAGAGUGCUCCUGUGCCGUUCAAAUAGCAUUGAUGGGGGCAACUCAGCACUCACACCAGGCCUGGGGGAGCAGUCAUUGGACAUUGAACCACGCAUCAAUAUUGGUAUGAGGUUCCAAGCGGAGAUCCCCGAACUCCAGGAUGUGUCUUCCCUGAGCAAGGACACACACAAGGCCACACUGGUGUGGAAGCCCUGGCCAGAGCUGGAAAACCAAGAGUUCCAGAAGAGAGUGGAGAAUCUGCUAAAUUUGUGUUGUUCGAGUGCAUUGCCAGGAGGAGGGACAAAUUCUGAAUUUGCCUUGCACUCUCUCUUUGAGGCCAAAGGUGAUAUUAUGGCUGCUUUGGAAAUGCUCCUGCUGAAGAAACCCAUCAGAUUUAAAUGUCAUCCUUUAGCAAAUUACCACUAUGCUGGUUCGGACAAGUGGACCUCUCUAGAAAGAAAACUAUUUAACAAAGCACUAGCCACUUACAGCAAAGAUUUUAUUUUUGUACAGAAGAUGGUGAAGUCUAAGACUGUGGCUCAAUGUGUUGAGUACUACUACACAUGGAAAAAAAUUAUGCGCUUAGGCCGGAAACAUCGAACGCGUCUUGCUGAGAUAAUAGAUGAAUGUGCGGUCAAUGGCACACUUAGGAAGACACCUCUGGGUGGAGCAAAGACGAGUGAAGAAGAGGAAGAUAUAGAAGAUGAUGAUGACUUGGAAGAAGAUAGGAAGUCCACAAAAGAAGAUGACCCAGAUGUGCAGAAAUCACCAGAUCCUCCCCCAAUAUCACUUGUGGCACCUGCAGACCUGCCAGCACUUCAGAGCCUUACACCUUCCUCAGUCUCUUUUGUCUGUGAAAUGCCAAACUGUGGUGCUGUGUUCAGCUCUCGGCAGGCACUGAAUGGCCAUGCCCGCAUCCACGGUGGUACAAACCAGGUGGCCAAAGCCCGGUGCUCGGUUCCCCCUGCAAAACAGAAACAAGGUGCCCAGAGUGGGUAUUGUUCCGUGAAGAGCUCACCAGCUCACAGCACAGCGAGUGGUGAGACCGACCCGACCACUGUCUUCCCCUGUAAGGAGUGUGGAAAGGUAUUUUUCAAGAUCAAAAGCCGUAAUGCCCACAUGAAGACACAUAGACAACAGGAAGAGCAGCAGAGGCAAAAAGCCCAGAAAGCUGCAGUUGCUGCUGAAAUGGCAGCUGCCAUUGAGAGGACUACUGGGCCAGUGGGACCUGGGUUGAUUCCCCUGGACCAUCUGGGUUUAAUAAAACACGUGGAGGAUGUCGACAUUCUUGGUGACGAUGUUGUCCAGGAAUUGGGAGGUGUCAUUGAAGAGACUGAAGUUGUAGACACAGAUCUCCUCUUGGAUGAUGACACCACAUUAUUACAGGGUGACACAGAACUGUAAAGAAUCUUAUGUCCCUGAGAGACAAUUCAGGCCCUCGGCAUUCAUCCUUAAUGGUCAGAAAUCUAUGACUGCCUGCAUUAUUCUCAACCAUUUAAACUACCUGUUUUUAAAAGGAGUUCCUUUUAUUCAGGUCCAGAAAAAAAAAAGAAAAAGAAAAAUCUUUUAUUUUUUUCCCUGUUUUUUUUUAAAAAGAAAAAAUUUGGGGGGGUGGGAGGGAAAUAAAUAAUUGGCACAAAUAUCUUU